AUGGGUAAAGAUGGGCCGAAUGGUCGUCCCGCCGGAGACGGCGCUGACGACGAAAGACAACCUCUCAUGACCACUGCACGCUCGAGCUUAGGAAACAUGGGGUCGAUCAGAGGCAUGAGUGGGGGUGGUGAACAACCGCAUCAUCUAUACGAAGACGAUCGAGCUUGGGUGCGGUGGCCGAUGAACUUCCUCCACCUAUCGUGGUUGACUCUAACGAGCAAUUAUGUCAAUGUACUGCUGCUAUUUGUGCCGGCUGGCAUCAUCAUUGGGAUGCUGAAGCUCAACCCGACCGCCGUGUUCGUUGUCAACUUCUUGGCUAUUGUGCCUCUGGCGGCGCUGUUGAGCUUUGCCACGGAAGAGCUUAGUGCAAAGCUUGGGCAGACUAUUGGAGGGUUAAUGAAUGCGACGUUUGGGAAUGCUGUGGAGCUUAUUGUCUCUAUCGUCGCUCUCCAAAAGGGCGAGAUCCGUAUCGUCCAAUCCAGCAUGCUUGGUUCCAUCCUCUCCAACAUCCUUCUCGUGCUCGGCUGCUGCUUCAUCGCAUCCGGCGCCCGACGAUCCGAGAGCACAUUCAACGAGACAGUCGCCUCGACCAUGUCCUCCCUCAUGGCAGUUGCGGCGACCUCCUUGAUCAUCCCUGCCACCCUCUACGCCUCGCUCACAAAGAGCCAAUCCAGCACCGACACCAAUAUUCUCAUCCUCUCCCGCGGAACCUCGAUCAUCCUCCUGAUCCUCUACUGCCUCUACCUUUACUUCCAGCUCAAGACCCAUGCCAAACUCUUCGAUGGCGAGAACCAAGACGGUGGCGGUGAGGAUGGCGAGGAAAAGGAGCCGGAGAUCCUCGGACCCAUCCCUGCCUCCGUCUGUCUCGUCCUCGUCACCGUCUUGGUGGCCGUCUGCGCCGAAUACCUAGUCGACAGCAUCGACUCCAUCGUCCAAACCUCCGGCAUCAGCAAGACGUUCAUCGGUCUCGUCCUCCUGCCCAUCGUCGGCAACGCGGCCGAACACGUCACAGCUUGCGUCGUAGCAUAUAAAGGCAAAAUGGACCUCGCCAUUGGCGUCGCCCUCGGCAGCUCGCUGCAGAUCGCUCUCUUCGUCACCCCUUUCCUGGUCAUGCUAGGCUGGGCCAUCGGACAGGAGAUGACGUUGCAUUUCCAGGGUUUCGAGACGGUGGUGUUCUUCCUUUCCGUCUUGGUUGUCAAUUAUCUGAUCCAAGACGGCAAGAGCAAUUACCUUGAGGGCUGUAUGUGCUUGGGCACGUAUAUCAUCAUUGCGUUGGCAUUUUACGUGUACCCGGAUGAUGCGGGAGAUAUUGGGAGUAUGGUAAAGGGGUUCUUCGCGAGGUCGUGA